AUGCGUCCUCCUCGCCUCAUCCUGCUGCUGGCUUGCCUUAUUUUCCUCCCCAUUCUCCUGACCACCUUGUCACUCCUUUCAGCACAUCCACGGCAUGCCUCUAAUUCUCAAUCCUCUGUUUCAGGGGUCGGGCGUCUAAAGGCACUCUUCUCAUUCCACGCGCCUGCCUCACUAUUUCCGCCUACUGCGAUGAUAAGUCUAACAGAUGAUAAUUCGACCUUUUUCCUGGCUCGACCUGCAGCGUUCGGGCCUGCCUUACCCAAUGCCGGACUGAGUGGCCAACUGUGGAUUGGCAGCGGAUUUGGUGAUGAUGCCCUACGGAAGGGAGGAAUAACUACCGGGGCGGAAGGCGAACUUGGGUGCUCUGAUGUUCCCGGCUGGGAGGAGAGUGACAAAAAACCUCACAAAAUGAGUGGUUCUGAUGGGGAACCCAAAAGGCUUACUUCAGGAAUCAAGUCGGAAACAAGUAGCAACGAUGCCGGGAAAGUUAUCGAUAAACGAGUCGAUGAACAUCCUUUCAAUCACGCUGGGCUUGGUGGUAAAGGGGAUGGUCCAUCCAAGGAUGAUGGAACGGAUGAUCACCUGCAUCAUCCACUCCCAGAGUCCGGAUCCCCUUCUCCCCCAGACGCGGAUAAAACCAAGAAAUUAGAACAUGCUGAUAUCCAGUCUCUGCAAGAGAGUGCGGAGAUUCGAGGGAAAAUUGUCUUGUUGAGCAGAGGCGGUUGUGGGUUUUUGGAAAAGGUUAAAUGGGUUCAACGAAGGGGUGGCAUUGCGUUGGUUGUAGGUGAUCAUACAAGAGGCGGUGGACUGGUGACCAUGUACGCUCGCGGAGACACUUCGAAUGUUACAAUUCCCGCCAUAUUUACGUCUCAUACCACGGCCCAUCUCCUCUCUUCACUUAUCCCACCAGAAAUUCCAGGCGAGCCCAACUCCUCAGAAGAUCCCUCGAAAGUCACACCAGGGGAUAAGUUGGACAAGAAUUCAAAAAUCGACAAAUCUCCAUCAGCCACAAUCACUGCCUCGAAACCCACCUCUACCACAGACUCCAAGUCCUCUCCAAAGAAAGGUUUCUUGAACUCUUUAUUCUCUUUCAUUGGUCUUGGGCAUGACCACGCAUAUCCUUGGCAUCUCCAGGAAGAUAGUCGUCGUCCACCAAGCAGCGGAAAUAUUGACUGGGUCAUGCUUGAUGAAUUCGAUAAAGAAACCCUUCCGAACUCCAAGAAGGCGGCACAGAAUCGCCAGGGGAAAGCAGCCGGAGCGGGCAAAUCAUCUGAAUCCGCCCAGGGGAGUAACGAUGACUUCGUCAUUGGGGUUCAGGAUUGGCGUGAUCCAGACCUUGUAUUAGCGGGUAAAAAUAGCAACUUGCACAAGUCCACUUCAAAACCAAACACCACCGGCUCAAAGAAAAAGGAUGCUGAUGCUGUACGCGGCGACAGCAAGCCUGGUCACGGCGGUAAUGGCCUUAAGGGGGGUAGCAUAACUCCGGGCAGCGGUGAAUAUGCUCCCAAUGAUAAAUCAACCAACGUUAAGGGGACUGGAGGCGGUUCGAACUCUCCAUCAGUUGCAACAAACUCGCGGCCUGGAAAUUCCAAUGAAGGUUCGCAUUGGUGGUCUAACAUGUUUGGUUGGAGCGGAAGAAGCCAUGGCGAUGGCUCAUCAACCUCCCCAGAGGACAAGAGUAAAGGACAAAGUGCCAAAAAUGCCAAAGCAACUACAGACCCCAUGCACAAAUUUUCGAAAGAGAGCGGCAAGCACCAGGAUCACGAAGGUCUUUGGGUAACCUUGACCCCAACGAGCAUGUCUACCAGUCCCUUUUUCGACACACUUCUCGUUUUAGUGGUCAGCCCUUUAAUAACUCUAACGGUGGUUUACGCUCUGCUUUUGCUUCGCUCUCGUAUUCGACGCCGCCGCUGGCGUGCACCGAAAGCAGUAGUUGACCGACUACCCGUUAGGACAUACCAUACAAUAACUUCCAUGCCCUCAUCUUCGUGCAGUCCUCAUGCAGCUUCUUCUGAAGCUUCAUCUCCUUCAUCACCUCUGCUAUCCCAUUCUCGGCCGCGAUCUCCACGCCCACGACAGCGCUCUCAGACUACCUCUGGAAUUGUAGCUGCUUCGUCGCAUGACGCCACAAAUGACUCACCAUCAACCAGCGCCGAGAAAUCAAAUUCUGGUUCUAGUCUAUGGCGUCGAAGAUAUACCAGCAGACAAGUCGAAUGUGCUGUCUGUCUUGAAGAGUAUAUUGAUGGACAGAGCAGAGUAAUGAGCCUCCCUUGUGGCCAUGAAUUCCAUGCAGAGUGCAUCACCCCCUGGCUCACCACACGACGACGUACCUGUCCAAUAUGCAAAGGUGAUGUCGUUCGUUCACUGGGCCGUCGAUCUUCUAGUCCUCAACGGUCCGGACAUCCCGAGCGAAUGUCAGAGGAUAUGCAAGCCCGCAUUGCUGAAACUCGCAACGAUUCUCCGUCCGCAGCCGUUCCCUUGGAUUAUGUCCCAGAUGAUAUUGAUUCUGACCUAGAGCAAGGAGAUAACUCCACGACAUCUCUGCUCAACAAUUCCCAGAACUCCAGUUCCCAAUCCAAUUGGAGCAAUCUCGCGUCUUUACGCCUUUUUGCCCUCAGGGGUGAUUCGAUGUGGCAUCAAACACCAUCCCGAUCCGAUCGAAACCGUUAA